CAAAUUUCAUUUCUUCAUAUUCGUUCAAUCAAAUGGCAUUGAAUCAUCUUCAAUUGCUCCUUUCACUAGUCUUAAUUGCUUCAAUGUUGGGUAUGGGAAUGAGCAAUAGGGAUUUUCAAAAGGGUGCCCAAAAUUGGAAUUUUGGUUUUAAUUAUACGAACUGGCCACCCAGACAUUCGAAUCCUACUCAGAGUUCUAGGAGAAUCGUCGUCGGUGGAUCUGAUAAUUGGCGCUUUGGCUUUAACUACACUGAAUGGGCUAUGAAAAACGCCCCAUUCUUCUUUAAUGACACUCUUGUGUUCAAGUUUGAUCCUCCAAGUAUUAAUAAUACGCAUCCGCACAGUGUCUACUUGUUACCAAACCUAUGGAGCUUUAUAAGGUGCGAUCUGAGAUGGGCGAAACAAGUGAUAAAAACGACACAGGGUGGAGGCGAGGGGUUUGAGUUUGUGCUUAAUAAGUGGAAGCCAUACUACUUUGCUUGUGGUGAAAGCAAAGGUUUCCAUUGUAAAUCUGGGAUGAAAUUUUUUGCAAUGCCGAUGUUCCGUUGGUACUAAAGAUCUCAUUGACAGUAUAUUUUGAUGCUAUACUUACUUCAUGUUCUACAUCUGUUUUGUUUCAAGUUCAAUGUUUCGUACGUAGGCAAAAUAAUCGAGUCUUGAUGUCACAAUAUACAAAUAAGGUGAUUUUGUUAUUUGAAUUAUAUUUUUCUUUGUGUACUUGUACAACAUG